AUGCCGGCUCCAGGUUCCGGACCAACUCGCUGCCCCCCCCUCUUCCGGCCGGACCCUCCGGAGCUCAGCCCGAUCAGCGGCUGCUCGCCGCCUCCUUCCCCGCGCAGAGAGCGUGUUCUCCGGUUCGAGUCUCCUCUGCUGGCCGGUCAGAUCCAGCCCCGCUCCGCCGGCUCCUCCUUCCUGAUCCGGGACAUCUUGUCGGACCGUCGGUCUCUUUCUGACCCGGGACUUUCUGACCCGGGACUGCAGGCCGAGCCGUGCCUGUCCGGACCGGAUGUAGAUACAAGUUUGAGGAGUCAGGGUUUAGAUCCGGGUCUGCAGAAGAAGCCUCGUAAAGCUCGGACAGCUUUCAGCGACCAGCAGCUGUCCAGGCUGCAGAGAAGCUUCCAGAAGCAGAAGUACCUGAGCGUCCAGGAGAGGAUGGAGCUCGCUGCGUCUCUGCAGCUCAGCGACAUGCAGGUGAAGACCUGGUACCAGAACAGAAGGACCAAGUGGAAGCGUCAGUCGGCUGCUGGUCUGGAGCUGCUGGCUGAAGCCGGCAGGAUGUUCCUGCCCACACACUUCCUGUUCCCACCUGCCCCGCCCACACUGGACCUCUACCUGUACCGAGGCCACACAGCCGCCGCCCUGCUGGUCAACAACAAAUCACACACACACUGA